UAUUCACUGAACGGCAUUUGUGACGAGUAGGUCGUGAGAAAGUGCAACUGUAAUUAGUGUAAAGAUGAAUUUACCACCAAACCCUGGAAUUGCUCGUGGACGUGGACGUGGUCGUGGAAGAAAGCCCGAUGAAGAGGCGAAUCGCGGCUUGGCUCCUCUGCUGGGUCAGUCGUCGAACUCUUCCCACACGGAAAGGAAUCAAGCAUCCGGAGGCAAUGGUGGUGGCGGUGAUGCUCAAGUGGGUCCCCCGAUGAGGGAGGUGCAAAUUCCCAAUUCCGAGGGCGAUCCGCGUGGCUCCGUGCGCGGCCGUAGGCUAAUAACGGAUCUGGUGUAUUCACGUCCUCAAGGGAUGACCAGCAAGAAAGGAGUGGUUGGCACUCAUAUUACCGUGCAGGCAAACUAUUUUAAGUUAUUAACGCGUCCAAACUGGACCAUCUACCAGUACCGCGUCGAUUUUACGCCCGAUGUGGAGACUACACGAAUGCGUCGGUCUCUUUUGUAUGAACAUAAAAGACUCCUGGGUGGUUAUAUCUUCGACGGAAGCAACCUGUUCUGCAACAAUCAGUUCAAAGCUGUACAAGGUAGCCCCUAUGUUUUGGAACUGGUGACGAAGAGUCGUGCUGGCGAAAACAUUGAAAUUAAGAUCAAGGCUGUUGGAUCUGUGGAAUCUACGGAUGACCAGCAGUUUAAGAUCCUUAAUCUCAUAAUGCGCAGGGCCAUGGAGGGCUUAGACUUGAAGCUGGUCUCGCGCAACUACUUCGAUCCUAGAGCUCAGAUUAAUUUGGAGAAUUUCCGCUUGCAACUAUGGCCUGGCUAUCAGACUUCGAUUCGCCAGCACGAGAAUGAUAUAUUACUUUGUACCGAGAUAUGCCACAAGGUGAUGCGAACUGAAACUUUGUACAAUAUUUUAUCCGAUGCUAUUCGUGACAAUGACGAUUAUCAAAGUGCAUUUAAGCGUUCAGUAAUGGGUAUGGUGAUACUAACCGAUUACAAUAACAAAACCUAUCGCAUUGACGAUGUUGACUUUGAAUCGACGCCCUUGUGCAAAUUUCAAACCAAUGACGGUGAAAUUUCGUACGUGGAUUACUAUAAGAAGCGAUACAACAUAACCAUUCGCGACUUCAAGCAACCUCUGGUCAUGUCUCGUCCGACAGAUAAAAACAUUCGUGGUGGCAAUGACCAGCCCAUAAUGAUCAUUCCCGAGCUGGCACGGGCUACGGGAAUGACGGACGCUAUGCGCGCUGACUUUAGGAUGUUGAGGGCCAUGAAUGAACAUACCAGGAGCCCUCCAGAUCGCCGCAUCGAACGCCUGCGCAUGUUCAACAAUCGCUUAAAGUCGUGUGCACAGAGUGUAGAGACCCUUAAGUCCUGGAACAUCGAGCUUGACAGCGCCUUGGUGGAGAUUCCAGCCCGCGUGUUGCCACCGGAAAAAAUAGUAUUCGGCAACAAAAUAUUCGUAUGCGACAAUCGCGCCGAUUGGACCCAGGAGUUUCGCAACUGUUCGAUGUUUAGAAACGUGCACAUCAAUAGGUGGUACGUGAUCACUCCGGCUCGAAAUCUGCGCGAGACCCAGGAAUUCGUGCAGAUGUGCAUCAGCAUAGCCAGCAAAAUGAAGAUGAACAUCGCCAAACCAAUAUAUGAGGAAAUUCCGGAUGACCGCAACGGCACUUACUCCCAAGCGAUCGACAACGCCGCAGCUAACGAUCCACAGAUAGUGAUGGUUGUCAUCAGAACUCCGAAUGAAGAGAAAUAUAGCUGCAUUAAAAAACGCACGUGCGUGGACAGACCGGUGCCAUCGCAGGUGGUGACACUAAAAGUCAUCGCGCCUCGACAGCAAAAAUCAGCUGGGCUGUCGUCGGUCGCCACGAAGGUGGUUAUUCAGAUGAACGCCAAAUUGAUGGGAGCUCCCUGGAAGAUAGAGAUCCCCCUCCGCGGUCUGAUGACUGUUGGUUUCGAUGUCUGCCAUUCACCGAAGAACAAGAACAAGUCAUAUGGGGCUCUUGUUGCAACCAUGGACCAGAAGGAGUCGUUCCGCUACUUCUCCACCGUAAACGAACACACGAAGGGCCAAGAGUUGUCCGAGCAGAUGUCGCUAAACAUGGCGUGCGCCCUGAGGUCGUAUAAGGAGCAACACCGUUCUUUGCCAGAGCGCAUUCUCUUCUUCCGCGACGGUGUUGGCGAUGGUCAGCUCUACCAGGUGGUAAACACCGAGGUGAACACCCUAAAGAGCAGUCUCGACGAAAUUUACAAAACAGCUGGCAAAAAGGAGGGCUGCCGCCUGACAUUUAUUAUUGUAUCCAAGCGCAUUAAUUCUCGCUACUUUACUGGGCAUCGCAACCCAGUUCCGGGCACUGUAGUCGAUGACGUUAUUACCUUGCCAGAGCGCUACGACUUCUUCCUAGUGUCCCAGGCGGUUCGGAUAGGAACAGUGUCGCCUACCAGCUACAACGUUAUUUCUGACAACAUGGGACUAGACGCCGAUAAGCUGCAGAUGCUCUCCUAUAAGAUGACCCAUUUGUACUACAAUUACUCCGGGACCAUAAGGGUCCCCGCUGUCUGCCAGUACGCCCACAAACUGGCUUUCCUCGUAGCCGAAAGCAUUAAUCGCGCGCCUUCAGCAGGACUGCAGAAUCAAUUGUACUUUUUGUAAAACUAUGACUUGCAUUAAAUGCGCUAACAAUUUUACGAUUUGAUAUAUUGACAUUUGAAUUUAAUAAAGGUAUUGCACAUUCAUUGUUCUACCAAUCUGAAA